GCGUUCGCUGCCUCAGUCUUUCGUUCGUCUUUAACCGAGAGUGUGUGUGUGUUCCCGAGUGCUUAACCCCAGAAAGCUUAACCCCUACAAAAAUGAAAUACGCCGUGCUUGCCCUCGCUCUGUUUGCGGUCUCUGCCGCCUCGGCUUCUUCCGCUGGCCAGUUCCUGCCUCGUGCCUUCUUCACCUUGGACUCUGAGGGUCAUCAGUCGGAUGUUCACCCGGUGAAUGCCCAUCUGCUGAGACGUCUGCGUCGCCAGGUGGUUAGCUCAUCCUCCUCCUCCUCCUCCUCCUCAUCUGGAACUGGCGGCAGUUACACCUUCUCCUCGCACUCCGUUCAAAAUCCCGAUGGUUCGGGACAGUCAGGCUCCUCCUACACCCAGCAGGCAGCGUCGGUUCCAUCGGCAGGCGUAAGCUUUGACAGCCGCUUUGGAGAGGACUCUGCCACCGGCAACUACAAUCCUUCGUACAACAACGGUGCCUACAAUACCGGUGUCAACAGUGGAGCCUAUAACACUGCCUCCAACAUUAACACCAAUGCCGGAUUUGGAUCCCUCAGCAGCUCCCAGCAGAGCUACGGAUCUGGUGCCGUGCCCUCCACCCAAAUCCAUCAGACUGUUACAACCAUUGAUGCUAAUGGCAACCAAAAGGUGACCACCGUCCAUGGAGCCACCGAUCAGUCUGGUGUCCUGAAUGUGCAGAAGAACACUGCCACCUACAGCGGUUAAUAAUUGGAUCUAUGUCCAUUUAAUUUAGAUAUUUCUGAGUGUGCCUGAGGUGUAAAUUUGAAUAAAUUAAAAUAAAGUAAAUUAAAGU